GUACGGUUCUAUAGAUUGUCGAUCCUACAUUAUCUCUGUUUGAUUCAAUCAACUUCAACCGACCUCGAUCCCAACCGAUUCACCAUGUCGUCCACCCUCAUCCAGGUCUCGCGUCCCCUCGCCCGUGUUCGUAGCCAGUCGAACACCAUGCGCCCCUUCUCUAUUGCUAUUCCAGCCAGACUAGCUAACGAGUGGAUGCACAUGCCCAAGCCGAACGGGUUCCUAGCAGAGAAAGAUACAACCCCUCGUCAAGGAAUCCCGUACGGUAAAAGGAUGGAGCUUGACUCCUCUAGAAGUGUGCAGCAGAAGAUGUCGGAACACAACCAACGUCUCGACCGGCUGGAAAAAUCAAUUCAGCAGUUGACUCGCAUGCAGGGCGUUUAUUAAGAUUUACUAGAACGCUGGUCGUUGCAUUGUGUCAGAAAUCUGGAGUUUCAAAUACAUCCAGCAUACCUAUCAGACAUGGCCAUCCCCUAGAUUGAUUCAUGGAGGCUGUUAUACAUCAAAUGGUCAAUUGGAGAAGAAACAUUCUCUCGUUCAAAUGACCGCCCAAUUUACCCCCACCCGAUUUGUCGAGCAGGAUAUGAUACCGUGGAGGGGAAUCAUCUGGCAUGAGAAAUUGUAUUUAAGUACUGUGCUCGUAUUAUGGAAUGAUAUCAGUGGGUUUUGUUACAUGACUGGAAUCCAUCUGUACCUUGUGCAAUCC